UUCAUCUUGCUGCUAAUCACGUUCUCCUCAUUCUCUCUAUAUCCUUCUCUCUUCCUAAAAAGAUCUCUCCUUUUUUUUUUUUUUUUAUCAGCUAUGCCUUCCAAUACAGCAUCGUCCAGCUCCGCCGCUGCCGGAUCUGCAGAUUCUUCCACCUCCCGGAGAAAUUCAAAACGACCUAAGUAUUCAAAGUUUACACAGCAAGAGCUUCCAGCUUGCAAGCCCAUUCUUACACCUGGUUGGGUUAUUUUGACGUUUUUGGUCAUUAGUGUUAUCUUCAUUCCUCUCGGAGUUGUGUCUCUUUUCGCUUCCCAAGACGUUGUUGAGAUCGUUGAUCGGUAUGAUAAUGCUUGCAUACCACCGCCUGAUAGGGGUGACAAAGUUGCAUACAUACAAGGAGCUGCAAAUAAAACUUGUAGCCGGACAAUAACUGUUCCUAAGAAGAUGAAGCAGCCUAUCUACGUUUAUUACGAGCUUGAGAACUUCUACCAGAACCACCGCAGGUAUGUGAAAAGCAGAAGCGAUGCGCAGUUGAGAAGUGUUAGAGAUGAGAAUCAAAUAGACGCAUGCAAGCCUGAAGAUGAUUUUAACGGACAGCCGAUUGUGCCGUGUGGUCUAAUUGCUUGGAGUCUCUUCAAUGACACAUACACUUUAUCUAAAAACAACCAGCCUCUGAACGUAAGCAAGAGAGGAAUUGCUUGGAAGAGUGACAGGGAACACAAGUUUGGUAAAAAUGUGUUUCCCAAGAACUUUCAGAUGGGUAAUAUCACCGGUGGUGGCAGACUAAAUCCAAAUAUACCGCUGAGUGAUCAAGAGGAUUUGAUUGUGUGGAUGAGGACUGCAGCUUUGCCAACAUUUAGAAAACUAUAUGGGAAGAUAGAGACUGACCUCCAGGAGAAUGAUACCAUAACAGUGAUUCUUGAGAACAACUACAACACAUACAGUUUUGAUGGGAAGAAGAAGCUUGUUUUGUCUACAACUAGCUGGCUUGGUGGGAAGAAUGACUUCCUUGGCAUUGCUUACCUCACAGUUGGAGGAAUCUGUUUCUUCUUGGCACUUGCAUUUACCAUCAUGUACCUUGUGAAACCAAGGUAUUAUACACAUACAUAUAUAUCCUAUGAUUCUUAUCCUUGGCUAUUAUUACAGAUGUUUGAUUUGGUGUUGGGGUGUUUUUUUACAGGCGACUUGGAGAUCCUACUUACUUGUCAUGGAACAGAAUACCAGGAGGAGGUCGGUAAACAAAGACUCUGUAUACAUCAUCUGAGUAUGUAAAUCUCUUUAUCCAUGAUUGUAAUAUCAACCAAAUACUAAGUUAUGAUCUGUAUUUCAUUUUUUUUGUUCAUUGAUCUGUAUUUUAUAGAUGUGAAAUGCAUGAUGUAAACAGUUGAAAAAUUGUUACCAUUACAUAGAAAU